GAAACUGCAAGCUCCAUGACUAGUUCUUCCAAGUCCUCUAGCUAUUCUGCCUUUCUGCAGCUGAAGGAGAGAAGCCAUGAGGGUAGCAGCCAUUGUGGACUGUACUGUGGAGGGUCGAGGCUCCAAAUCUGAAACCAACAAGAGGUGAUAGGGACCUGGGAACUCCAAGCUGGUCUUAUAAGCAAUGUAUGGGGGGCUACGGGCUCACAAAGGCAACUCCCACAUCCAACAUUUCCCUUCAUCUUGGGCUCAGUAAACAUUUGACCGAACAUGGAAGUGCAGGCGGAAUCACCAGGAAAUAUGGAAAUAUGACCAGAAGGAUAGAGUAGAAAUACUGGUUCAAGGUGCCGGCUUGCAUAAUAUCAAACAUGGAUGGGCAAUCAGGGAAAACGAUGCAAAGUCUGCCUGAUACAUUAUCGUCCCUCAUGGGGUUCAACCAGUACCUCACACCCAGUUGGAUUGAAUCAGUGUCUCACAUCAUCAAGGAGUUGUCACCAGCCGAACCAAAGACGAAAGUAAUGGUUCAUAUGGCUCAAAAUAUUGGUCCUGAUGAUGCAGAAUCAGACGCUAAAGUUGCAAAGAUUCAAGACGAACUGGUUUCACUGAAUGCUCAACUAAAGCAGAUAACACUGCAGAGGAGACAGUCACUAAAUAACUAUUUGGAUCUGAAAGGAAAUAUAAGGGUGUUCUGUCGUGUAAGACCUUUUCACCAUGAAGAGAGUUACCAAUCCAGAUCUCUGUUCACCCUGGAUGAGAGUAAUGUGUUCCUAAAAGUUGCUGAAACCAAGAUAAAGCAAUACAAGUUCGAUAAGGUUUUCAACCAAUGCUCAACACAAGGUGAUGUAUUUGCUGAAGUUGAACCAGUGAUAAAAUCUGCUUUAGAUGGCUAUAACGUUUGUAUAUUCGCCUAUGGGCAAACAGGUAGUGGAAAAACUUAUACCAUGGAAGGGAAGCAUACAGCUACAGAUCUAGGUGUGAUACCACGAGGGAUUCAAGCAUUAUUUGAUCGAGCUUCAGAGAGCAACAGAAGGUUUCUGUUCACUUUCAGUAUGCUUGAGAUAUACAUGGGAAACCUACGAGACCUGCUAGUUCCCAGAAGCAAGACACAUGAUUUUAAGAAAGUACCAAGCCUUUCCAUCAAAACAGAUACUGAUGGCAGCAUUGAGAUUGAAAACCUAGUGGCAGUUACUGUGAAUAGUUUUCAAGAAGUAAAAAGACUAUAUGAAUUGGGGACCCGGCUUCGUUCAACAGCUUACACUAUGGCUAAUUCUACAUCAAGCAGAUCUCAUUGUUUGAUUCGCCUUUCAUUGACCUCCUUCGAUGCACCAGAGAGAAAAAAAGCAAGAAACAAGUUAUGGAUGAUUGAUCUAGGUGGAAAUGAAAGACUUGUCAAGACAAAAGCAACUGGGAAAAGGCUCAAGGAAGGCAAAGCCAUAAAUUUGUCACUGUCAGCCCUAGGGGAUGUGAUUGAUGCACUUCAAACCAAAAAAGCCCAUGUCCCUUAUAGGAAUAGCAAGCUUACACAAGUUCUUAGAGACUCUCUAGGAUGCGAUUCCAAAACAUUGAUGCUUGUCCAUAUCCGCCCAAAUGAGGAUGAUUUGUGUGAGACAAUUUGUACCUUGGGUUUUGCAACAAGAGUUAGAAGCAUUCGCUUGGAAAGUGAAGAGCCACCAGAAGAAAAGGCAAGAAAGGAACAUUUAUUAACAGAGUUGGAACGGGAGGUCAGUGAAUUAGAACAACAAUGUGAAGAUGUUACCCGAAAGAUUAAGAAACUCGAGGAGACAAUGGAGCAUUUGAAAGGACCACAGCCAUUUGUUAGCACAGAUUCUGUUGUUUCACAUCCAUUGAGUGAAGACCUGAAAACUAGCAUGUCAAAGGCUACAAAGAAUUCAAAGAAUCAUAUAGAAGUCUCAUCUAGGUUACCUAGUUUUAUGAAGCCAACGGCUUCUAGCCAGCAGAGGAUAGGCUUGACCAAACACAUUCCUAUCAGUAACAGGACAAAACCACCAGUGCCACCAAAGAGAAGGCCUUCCUCAGUUUAUGCUGAGUCUGUAAGGCUGCCAGUAAAUGCUACCACUUGGCAGUCAGAAUGCAGCUCUGAGUGCAGUAUCUCCAUGACAAGUGACAUGAAUUGGAUGCCAAGCGCACAAGAUGGGACAGAAUGCAGCCAGCAGGAUACAUCAGAGUAUGAGACCAAACAGGUGAUUUUCUCAGAACAUGAGAAACUGUUGCACAGUGAACUGAUUUCGCUCGCAGAAUGUCAACUUGUAGAAUCAGGAAAGAUGCAGAAUAAAACUGAAGAAAUGGACAUUAUAGACAUUGAUAGUUGGAUCCAUCAACAAAACACUGGCAUAUGUCAAAGAGACAGGAUUCUAGAUAUUCCUGAAGUAACUGAAUAUGGAACGUACAGUUCUAGUACCGCUUCAUCAAUUCAGAUAGAAUGUAUUAAAGGUGGUAAACAGGCACAGGAUGAAGACAGUCACCUCAAACUGCAACCCCCCGUGCAUAAUGUGGAAGACAUCAAGCAAGCAGAAGCUAUCAAUCAAUUCACUUCAACAGAAUUAUGCACUCCUCCCUCAAAAGAACUUUGCAGCAACGACAAAAUGAAGGAACAUAAAAAUGAAAGGCUUGCAUAUCAUGGAAAUUCCAGAAGAUCGCUACAGGAAAAGUUGGACAAGUGCAUGCCAGGGCAGCCAGACAAGGAAUCAAAAACUGACCCCAUCAUACAACCUGAAGUCAGGUUCCAGGAUGAAGAACAUUAUAUAGACAAAUCGACAAAGUUCUUUCAAGCUCUUCGAACGGCAUGGGUUGGUGCUCUUCUAGGACUGGGCACUAUGAGCCUUGGGUUAGAGCAAGACUUCUUCCAGAGCUUGGAGCUUUAAUUUAACUAGAAUUUCAUCAUUUUAAGGGGGUUCUAAGAGGUAGUAUUCAAUUUUAAGAGUAACUACUUCAGAGAAAAUUUGUGCUCACUAUGCCAGAUGCCACAGUGAAAUGUAACGGUCAAUUUGCCACAAUGGCAGGUGGAUUGCUGAUAUGAUCCUGAAAUAGUUGUUUUGACUGCAGAUGGAUACUCUUAGGACAACUAAAAAUGGAUGGAUGGAUAAGAAAGAAUAGGCAAUUAUAUGAUAAAUUUUGCCUUGUCACUGUCA